UCGGGCUCAGUGUAGUGAAGCUGUGGAGAGGAGAAGCGCGCACACGCACACGCAUUAUUAUUAUUAUUAUUAAUAUAAAAGAGAGCGAACCAGGCGGUGACCCAGUGAGUGGAUGAGUGAAUGAACGAGUGAGUGAGGAUGGAUCAGACGGGUGAAAUGGAGUGUACCGUGUUAAAGAGGCUGCUGAAGGAGGACGGAUCCAGGUACCUGCUGCUGGACUGCAGGUCGUUCUUGGCGUUCAGUUCCAGCCACAUCCGGAGCGCGGUGAACGUCCGCUGUAACACCAUCGUGCGCCGGAGAGCCAAGGGCUCGGUGAGUCUGGAUCAGAUCCUGGGCGGGGACGAGGAGGUGAAGAGCCGCCUGAUCUCGGGCCUUUACCGCGCUGUUAUUCUGUACGACGAGCGCACACCGGAUACCAGCUCCCUCAGCCAGGGUGGCACCAUCUCCAUCGUGCUCAACGCGCUGGGCAGAGACACCUUCCCCACUGAGAUCUACCUACUCAAAGGUGGAUACGAUCGAUUUUAUUCCCAGUACCCGGACUACUGCUUGAAGAGCAAAACGUUAUCAGUGACGGCGGCUCAGAUCAGCAGCGAGCCGAGCUGUACGUCCUGUGGGACUCCUCAGCAUGACCAGGGUGGUCCGGUGGAGAUCCUUCCCUUCCUGUUCCUCGGCAGCGCCUUCCACGCGUCCAAAAAGGACGUUCUGGACGGGAUGGGCAUCUCGGCCGUACUGAACGUCUCCUCGAACUGUCCGAACCACUUCGAGGGCGCCUACCAGUACAAAUGCAUCCCGGUGGAGGACAACCACAAGGAGGACAUCAGCUCCUGGUUCAUCGAAGCCAUCGACUUCAUAGAUUCGGUGAAGGACUCGAACGGGCGCGUCCUGGUGCACUGCCAGGCGGGCAUCUCGCGCUCGGCCACCAUCUGCCUGGCCUACCUGAUGAAGAAGAAGCGGGUGCGUCUGGACGAGGCCUUCGAGUUCGUCAGGCAGCGGCGCAGCAUCAUCUCGCCCAACUUCAGCUUCAUGGGGCAGCUGCUGCAGUUCGAGUCGCAGGUCCUGACCACGUCCUGCUCGGUGGAGGCCGCCAGCCCGUCCGCCACGCUCGGACCCAAGUCUUCCUCGUCCCCCAGCACGCCCUUCAUCUUCAGCUUCCCGGUGGGGCCGCACGGGCAGCCCGGCAGCCUCACGUACCUGCAGAGCCCCAUCACCACCUCGCCCAGCUGCUGACACAGUCACGCCAGAGAUUCCCCGAGAGGCGCCGCGACCUUCAUUUAUCAAGGACUUUUCCUUCCAAGGGGGAUCAGGGACUCGGACCCGACGUUUCUUUACCCCACUGACUUAAACGCGUAUCAGAUUGCCGAACUUGGACUAGAGUACAUGAAGAAUGGACGCUUAUUAGCGCGCUCGCGCUGCACCUCGGGUUCUUCCAAAAAUCCUUCAGUUUGUGAGGUUGGUUGAGCGGAACAGACGGACAAACUAAAAAUCCUGCAAUACGGACACAUUCGAGCAAUAAUCUUUCCCUCCUCUUCCCAGAUGCCACCAAAGCACCGUCGGGUCAUAAAUAUCCGUCACGCGGUACUCAUAUAUUUAUUUACUUUUUGGUAUUUGUAUCGUAGCCGGUCGGGUGUUAGAACUGCUGUGCGCCGUACAGACGGGCGCAUAAUGUCCUCACUGUUUUUAAUGGUACGACGGGGGGAAGGGGGGGCACAUACUUUUAACAGGGUCACUUUGAUGGGUCAUACCACUGUAGGGCUUCGUUAGCACCCCAAAGGUCUUGAGCAACGUUAACGGGGACAGAGAGCGGCUCACCUGAGGGAGGGAGGGCUGUCGGGGCUCCUUAUAGCUGCUGCAACAGACCCCUGCUGGCUGAUCGAUAGGUGCAGGUGCAGGUGAAAACAAGCAGUACUGCACACGACAGAAAUGGAGGCCGAGACGCUGCUUGACUGCACUGGAUCAUGAUGAGAGAAGGCGACCGAACGGCCGCGGUCCACGACCUUCCUCUGAAUCUGUUACCCCCGAGAAACCCCGGACCGUGGGGCGUGGCACUGAGCUUGGGCACCUUCUCUAGAGCACUUUUACGUGAUGCAAUACGAGGGUUUGUUUUGCACAUGGCUGGCACGGCGAAGCAGAUGAUCAGAAUUCCGUCGUGGUUCCGUGAUCCGGUCCGUCCGUUAGCGACGAAUGCAAUACUUUUUACCGUCCCCGUCCACUCAGACGUCCAGCCGGGGCGCCCGUGACAUCGGGCCGAGGUGUUCGAAGAGUUUUUUAGCUGUUUUUGCCGUGUAUGUAUAUUUUAUUUAUUUCUCUGUUUGAUUUUCAUUGUUGAAUAUAAAAGAAUUCUUGAACGAUAAAA